AUGUCUUCUAUCAAGGACGCGAAUACUAUAGCCUCACCUCUUGGUCUUGCAACGACGCCAGACUUCGAUAAUCUUCUUGGGCUUCCCUAUCUUGCCGAUGUCAUUGAUCACGAAAUUCGCGUCUUUUGGGCUUUCACGAAGCGCGAUUGGUCAGCGAGCGUCAUCCCUGGGAUGAUGUACACAAUCGCUGCCCUUCGCUCUCUCGACUCAAGUCCUUCACCCCACUUUAUAGCCCGUGCUCUUGGGCGCUCACUCAUAUACUUCAUCCUCUACAUCUACAACUUCGACAUCGCCAACCAAAUCAACGGCGUAGCUGAGGACCGUAUCAACAAACCCGACCGCCCUCUUGCGUCCGGGCUAGCCUCCAUGAAAGGCGCCUAUAUUCGCUGGUAUGCAACGACAGUCUUACAUCUUGUACUUGGUGCUAUGUGGGGCGUCCUCCCAUGGACUGCCCUGUGGGUUUUCAUCACCGUCUACACGAGUUUCUACGGAGGAGACAAGCAUUGGACAACCAAGAACCUGCUCUUCAUGUCCACCGGAAGUUUGUGCCUGUUACAGGCAGCUUGGGGUCUCGCGGCCCCCAUCUCUGGACAUCAGACGCGUUGGGGGGUAUUGCUGAGCAGCGUUUUCGGGCUCGUGGCGAGCAUACAAGACAUGCGUGACGUCGAAGGAGACAAGGUUGCUGGACGUCGUACUCUCCCCAUCGUUCUCGGAACUCACUUCCGCUGGAUAAUGACCCUCCUCGUCUGCAUCGCCCCUGUUAUCUGCUGGCAAGCUGGGUUUUUGCACUACUCGCAACGCUACUGUGGGGCAGUUUUGACGAUGGCUAUGUUCUAUAUGGCGCUCAGAGUGAUGACUGGCAAGUCGAGCCGGUACGAUCACAAAACUUACAUGAUCCUCACCUACAUUUACUGCGGUUGCGUUGCCGUACCGAUGCUUGUUCCAUAA